AUGGCAAUUACUGACGACAAUUUUAAUCGAGCUUGGGAAACCCUGGUUGCCUUCUACGAGAAUAAGAGGAUGCUAGUCAAUGCAGCUUUACAUUCGUUGCUUAACCUGAAGCGUAUGACAAAGGAGUCCGCUAUGGAAAUGGAACACCUCUAUACAACUAUCAUGCAGAUUUACAGAUCAUUGGAAAGUCUUCAUCGACCAGUCGGAAAUUGGGACGAUUUUCUUGUGUUUCUUGUCGUACAACGGCUCGAUUCAGAGUCUGUAAAGGCUUGGGAACAUCAUUUGGGAGCAACAAGGGACCCACCUACAUGGCACCAGCUCACCGAUUUUCUACAUUAUACUUCUUCUUGUCCGCAAUAUACCACAAAAUCGCUACAACAAAGAUUGGCCCUUGUAACUAAACGUAAAUUAUGUUUUAACUGCCUGGGAACUCAUAGAGUCGCUGUAUGCCGAAAUUCUAAACGAUGUGUUAAGUGCGGGCGCAAGCACCACACCUCGAUUCAUCUUGGAGUUGUUCAACCUGAUAAAGCACUCUCGGAAGACAAGGAGCGAGUCAAACCGGUCUCUUCCACCGUUAAAUCUAAAGAAGCCCAGGUCAUGCAUUCUUCUACUAUAACUACGUCUUCUCCCACGCGAGUUUUACUGGCUACCGCAAAGGUACGAGUGACUUCUCCAAAUGGAUACGUAACGACGGUGAGAGCUUUAAUUGACCAAGGAUCAGAGAUAUCACUGAUUUCUGAGAGAACAGUACAACGUAUGAGAAUGCCUCGGACUCGCUCAACAGUGUCCUUGGUUGGCAUCGGUGCUAGAUCUUCUAAUAAAACAAGAGGGGUUAUCAGCAUGAGCAUCAGCCCACACUUCGUAUCGGACUUCAGAUGCAAUGUCUCAGCUCACAUACUCACCAGUCUCACAUCAGCUCUUCCCUCCCUUUUCAUUGACAAGGACUCAUGGCCGCAUUUGGAAGGAUUACAAUUGGCCGACUCUCAAUUCUAUCGACCUGGCUCGAUUGAUCUCAUUUUAGGAGCGGACGUCUACGGACUUAUUAAAGCAGAAGGUAUUAUUAAAGGAUCUCCCGACUCUCCAGUGGCGCAGCUUACGAAUCUUGGAUGGAUUGUGUCUGGCCCUACUGGCCAUCAGAUCGCACCUGAGGACGCUCGGAGUUGUCAUAUUAAAGCGGAGGAGGAUCUAUUUCACCUGCUACAAAAAUUCUGGGAAUUGGAGGAGAUUCCUACUUCAGUUGAUCAUUUGCUUUCACCAGAGGAGCAGGAUUGCGAGGAUCAUUUCCAAUCAACUCAUUCGAGAGAUUCACAUGGCCGAUAUAUGGUUAGAUUGCCGUUCAAACGAUCAAUUAACCUCUUGGGAGAUUCUAAGCGGAAGGCCACUCUUCUUCUUAAUAAAUUGAAUAAACGCUUUGAACUUGAUUCGACCUACUUCAGAAUGUACUCUGAUUUUAUAAAGGAAUAUGUUACAUUACAUCAUAUGGAAUUGCUAUCAGCUUCGCAACCAGAGAUUCCAUCCUCUUACUAUUUACCCCAUCACGGGGUACUGAAGAAAGAACAUCUUACUACGAAACUGCGGGUAGUAUUUAAUGGCUCCAGUAAAACUACUUCCGGCUUUUCCCUCAACGAUCUUCUACACGUCGGUUCGAAGUUACGGAGUAAUCUAUUUGAUGUUCUUAUAUAG